GAUUUCGAAGGCGUUUGGUUCGUUGGUCUUUUGAACUUUGUAUACCUUGAUUCAACUUCAUGACUGUAACGACAACGAUGGACAUCCAGGCGAGUGCUUGUACUGUUAUUGAACUUCGACUUACACGAACAAACCACCCCCUUCAGCCCAAUUGAACAAUGGCACAACUGCACAGAGCCCUCCUAGCUUCUCCUCAUCUCCAGCCAACCUUUCAAAGAAACAAGGCCAAGAAACUUUCAACCUUGCCCGGAUGAUAACCCGAAGCCACACCUUGAGACGAUUAAGCUUAUUUGAACCAAGCGAGUCCACCAAUCAUGCACCAAAAUCUCACCCACGGAGUCUUGACCCCCUUGUUGACGCAUGAGAUGAUGACGAUCGUUACGGUGGCUUACAGGGUUAGGCACCCACUUUCCGGUCCCUGGGAUGGCCUGAAGCUACGGUGACUGUCACUGGCGUGUGCCGAUUGGUAUGCUUCCCGAUGUCAUGAAUUUGAUGCUUGCAAGUGCGGCUCAUUCAAGACCACAUAUCACCGACAUUUCUACCUGGCUUCCUUCUUCUUCAAUUGUAUUCCUCUCUUUUCAGUUUUAAGGUAUCUCUUGUUCGCUCAAGAGAGACUCUGUCGUUCGACGUUUCCAGGUUGGCCCCCAUCGUGGCAGGAACGCGGUCGCGUGCCCACUUCCUGCUCUGAGCGUCCUUUCUCCUGUUUGACUGCGCUCUCUGCUCGACUUCUGUUCUUCAACUCAUUCCUCCUCCUCAAUCUUCUCGCAGGCCUUCUUCACCUUGGAUCUGCUACACCGAUUCUUGCCAAGCUUUCACCUCAGCACAGAGCGCACCAGGCAACGCCCCUUUAGCUCACCUGCAGCUUCGCCCCUGCCAACCUCGACAAUUCCGCGGAAACCACACACCCACCCAACAACCAGAGCAAACCACUGCAAAUUCUACCAUAUCCCACUCGGCCGAGAGAUUAUCAAUCCCUUCCUAUCUAAUCUCAUUUCCAAACCUCCAACAACCUUGCAGUUCUAUGGGUCAAUAUGACGCCGGUGUGGAUCAACAACUGGAUCCCGGUUCUCUCGGCUUGGGAGGACUCCAACAUCAGUGGCCGAGAAGAGAACUUCUCUGAAAGGGGUUUCUCCUGCGAGACUAGCCUCAGGCAAGAUAUCAUUAACUAGGCGACUCUUGAGGAGUUUACUCUGGCAUCUCUUGAUUAGGAAAAUAAACUCCUCAAAGGGUCCCCUAAGUUUAUGAUAUCUUACCCAAGUCUGAUCGAGGUUCUGACUUUUGUUGCCUCCCCUAAACAAGCCGUUCACGGUGAUGAGGUUUACACUUGGAGCAAGAAGGUGCUGUUGGUUCGACGUUUAUUCGUUGUGGCUAAUCGUUGCUUCUGUCUCGUGUUCGUCUCAACACACCAAGAUGUUGAGAAUCCUUCCUCCAACGACCUUCGAGAGACGCCCUCCAACUCGCGCGGCUAAACCAUGUUCCCCGCCUUCUUGGAGUCUUCCGCCCUUGCAAGCUUAUAUCUCCACCUGGCGGCCUCCCAUCUGAGCGACUAGAGACAGCCCUACUUAUAUCCGAGCAUCUCACGCCCAGAGUUUGCCAUGCCAGACAAGAUUUCAACUUGAAUCGCCAAGAUGCACAGCCUCCCCCGGAUUCGAUUGAUACCCUUGGUAUCGCUUUCUCGACAACGGCAACCUGAAACCAAUUCUAAUCUAUCCCAACUCCAAAACUCGGUAUCUUUUGUAUCUCGCCAGCGACUUCUAUCGUUAAUCAUGUAUCGAAACUCUCCCAAUGCAAGUAUUCGGUGUCAACGUCUGCUCGAUGGCAGCAUUUCUUCCAUUCCUUUCUGUUUUCGGUUCUGAUCCUGGAUUGAGCACCAUUGACAUCAACCUGGUGCAUCCUCUUUGGACAUUGAGGCUGGUUUCAAGAAGCUCGUUAGCCUGCGCUUGUGCCGGGUAGUGCCUGGCCAUACGUACAACGAGACAAAGGCAAAGCUACCUUUUAUGGUACCGUUCAAUCAGCUCAACGCCUUCAAAAACUCCGUUCUCUUUCCGCUUCUUGGUAUCUCUUUUUACGAAUUCGCCGCCAGACUCCUCAACCAUAUUCCCUCGAUGGACUGUGUUGUCAAAUAUGUACGUUGGCACGGAUACUCGUUGUGCCGUAUUCCAGCUGUAUCCGUCCUUCUGGCUUCACGGAGAUGUCGAACUUAUUCGACUAGGGGUUGUAUGUGACGACGCUGGCGAACUUUGCCCCAGUAUUGACGGGCUCGGUACACGAAGGCUAUCGGCAUUUGAAUGCGUGCGGUGGUGCUUGUUUUUGUCAGGUUCUUGAUGUAUGCUCGCUGUCGCAAGAACUGAGAGUUUAUCGAGGGGAUUGGGGUCUGGCCUACCCUGACCGAGGACGAGAGCUGGCAAUGCUGGCAGAAUGGGCGGUUGAGGUCGAGGUUGCAACAGCGGUUGCCGCUGCUCCACUGGUAAAGGAAGCGUUGGUCCACUGGGAAGACCAGCUUUACGAGAGUCUCUCUUGAUCCCUACGACGGCGUCCACCACAUCUCGAGUACUCGUCUUCUCUGGUGCGAUAUGGGGAGGCGGUAACGUUGACCUCGGGGGUUCUGCCGAGUGUCCUCUUGAUAGGGGUUGGAGAGGGACCUUGGGUGCUGCGGCGAGAAGUGGCUGACCAGAUGUCGACUGUGAAAUCGUUGCCUUUGCGACUUCUGAAGCGGGUUGGUCUGGAAAGCUCUGCAAGAACUUUUCAACGUCCUCAUUAGUGAUGCCGUGGUACCCCAGCAGGAUUUUUAGGCGUGAGUUUUCGACAGCAACACUGCGAGCUGCUUGUUGCAUCUCCAACGUCGCUUCAACACCUCGGCGCUCAUAGUCUUGAAGCUUCUUCUGCAGACCUUCGACAUACUCCUUGUGUCGUGCACGGGACCGUCGUUGGUUGUCACGAAUCCGGACGGCUGAUGGAUUGGUCGAGCCCUCCUUCUGCAGGGGAAUGUGUCAGACAAAGUACACUGCAAAACAGGACGAACCCGGCUGGCGACAAACACCAGCAAGAUGAGGAUCAGAACUCACCUUUUCUCCUGUCAUAUUGGCAAAUACAGUUCAUCUGGAUGCCGAUCCAAAGUCUAAGCUACGUCAAUGAUGGCGGCGAAAGCCAGCCCAUAUGAGACUUGAGCUCUUCUUGAUGUAGGUACCGUUUGACUCGCCAAGCAGGACGCGCGUUGAUGGCCAAGCACUGACUUCUUGGCGAAAGAUCCAUGUCCUGACGGUGCAGAUCCAGCCGAUGUCAAGGAACGCUAGCGCCAGUCAUGUUUAAACAUAUUGAACCAUGGCAACCCUAUCACGACUUCGUGCAUUGCUCAAUCGGACCUGUUGACUUUGUUGGUUUUUUUCGAGAGGAGGUCCAAAGCUUAACACACCCAGGGUUCCGUGAAGCUCUCUACAAUUACAGCAAUUCACAGCGACCUGACAACAUCACGCAAGACUCAAAUUACAAGUUAGCUGUGAAACGUUGCUCACAGGCAGAAGCUGGUGGAUACACUUGUCGAGUUUUCCGCCCUAACCUCCCUUGACUGAAUAAGACCCGAGUCUUACAGGGAGCUACGGGGAGCUCUGUCUCUGAUUGCGGGAUGCCCAGAGGACUAGGCGCCCCAUAAUUUUCAACGCAUUGCUGGGCUCGCAGCUGCUGCGCCACGGUCUUUCGGUCCAGCCGACCGCCAAGCCAGCGUCUCGGCUCCUCAUAGCCGAUUAAGCUGCGAUGUUAACGAUUUAAGGUGAUGAAGGGCAAGCUUGAGACCAAUCUCCUUGGAGGAGAGACCACUGUUGCAGGGUCGGUGAGCUCAGGGACAGAAUGUCGAUUGAUGAGUCUAGGCCCUGCAAGGUUUGCCAAGACCAGGUGUGAACUCACUGGGCGUUGGAGCUGUCACUGAAGGAUUCCCCUUCGUCGAAACAAUAUCUGUUGGGUUUACAAGCUGACCAGACGAUGACAUGGUGUUCUUGGCCAUGUUGAACCGAGGCUCAACACAUCAUCAGCCUGGCCAAGGAAUUCCUACAAAAGCCCGUAGGAGUUUCCGCACUUGAUAGACAAGACAAGCGGAGCCCACUGUCAGAGUGUCAAGGUCAAGAGUCGAGACCUCAGCAGCCAAGACUUGGCUCCAAUCGACAAGACUGUUCAACAGCUACAACUUGCACAAAGUGGCUGUGUACGUGCCGACUUUCCCAUAUGCCCCGCGGUCCCGCUUGGCAAGUCUCAUGAGAUAUUACCGCCGGCCAAGUACGAGCGUUGUAUUAUCAGCGAUCCAAGAUGAUUCCACCCACGGAAAUUGCUCCCUAUCGACAGCAACACCCCGGCACUCUUCACUGGAUGGCGUGCGCUAAAUCGAGCUUCUGCUUACAGCCAACAUCCUUUUUCUGCUAGCUCCCCACACUCCCAGACUCAGCCGGCAGUCUUUAUUUACCGGGUUUAGAGCGGCUAGUAUACGAAGGUCUAAAAGGUUUGAGGCACCCAGGAACACUUGAAUGUCAUUCGUGACUUCGUACACAAGGUUUGUCAAUCUGGAUAAAUUGUGCCGUGCAAAGCUUUACUCGUUUCGUAUGUGAUUUGCGCAAGUCCCGAUCAACCACGUGGAAAUACAUCAGCCCACCGGAUCAAUAUUGAGCGAGCAAAUUUCGGUCUUUUACGAGUUACAAGGUACUUGUCAUUUGUCAAGGGACAGUGCAGUAUUCGUCCGGGUCAUUGUUAUUUCCGAUUAACGACUUUUCUUGGCACAUGCUCGUUCAUGUUCUUGAUUUGGGUAGUAUUGUACAAAGUUCUAUUUCCUGUUUUGUUUCAGGAUUUUUGGGGGUAUCAUUAUUACGCCUGAAAGAAUCUUCAUCUCCAUCUCCAUCUCUGCCAAGUCAGAUCUAUGUCACUGAUCUGGACCAUGUCUUGGCGAUCAUCCUGUGCAAUCUCCUUUCCACUCAUCGUGACUCGCUUUUUUCUUGUAUCGCAGUCACCUUCAUCCUUAUCGUAGCCGCCUGUUAUUCGUCAUAGCUUACUUGAACAGUCGCUUCCCUGUACGGGUUGAAAAGCGCUCAACUCCAUCGCCCUGCUGGGCAUGCCAGAGUUGCUGCACCCCUACACCACGGCUCUCUCCAGAUAGCCUGUAGCGACGCCAGGCCUCGCGUAGAUGAUCGGGCCGUAGAGGGCCGCGCUUGAGAUCAAUCUCUUCCUCUGCUGCGGCAGGGUCAUCAUUUGUCGACGGGGGAGGCGUAGGUAGUUCGCUUUGCUUCUCUCCGGCGUGGAUCCAUUCUCCUUGCACAUUGCGAGCGGCUUCGAUGAUCUCACCAGCGAAGAGCUUGGCGACGGCUUUGACGGCCGUGCUAACGUUCUGCGGAACCGAUUGAGAAACCGUAGCGUUGACAACCUGUAAAUGUCAGUAUCAAAAUUUGAACCGGCGUAGACAUAACAUACUCGUUUGACUACACUAUCGGCCAAUUUAGCCGCACGCCAGAGCUCGUAUCGGUUAUACUGCUGAGAAUCAAAAGCCUCAACAAGCAUAGCUCUCAGUCGAAUCUCCUCCUGCUUCUGCUCCUGCGUUCUCGCAACGACAUCCUCAAGCGCCAUCUCAGCCUUCUCAUCGUCCUCAUCGUCAUCCUCCUUCUCACCACCCUGUCCGCUCACAGCAGUAGGUGCCCGUCCUCCAACGAGACUGGGCGUUUGUUCACGAGCAUCAUCUGGCUUGGCGUUCUUUGCCUUGCGGCCGCGUUUCUUCUUCGGCGCUCCGCUGGCUGUCGUGCUGACUGCGCUGCCGCUCACAUGCGACUGAGCAUCGACGGAUGGAGAGCGCGGGAAUGGAGAUCGUGCUUCGGGGGGGAAAGACGUUUGGCGGAGAGGAUGGGCGGCGGAGCUGGUUGAGACGGAGGUUUGGGAGGGCUUGCGGCGCUUGAGGGGAGGCGCGGAGCCGUCGAGGGUUGAUGGGCGCUUCUUGUUGGGGAUUUGAGCGGGUGAUGGGUAGGGCGGUGACAUUCCCGAUGGAGAGGUUGCGUAGGGCGGAGAAGCCAUUGUGAUAAUCUCGAGAUGUGACAGUUGAUGGUGAAAGGGAGAGGUUCGAAAUGAAAGGCGCUGUGACUAAGCUAUGCGGUGCAGCAACAGCGACGUGUCCCGAGAAGGCGUCCGUCAGAAAAGAUACGUAUUUUCGAUAUCGGCGUUUUUCGCAAAGUCGUUGACAAGAUGCGUCUCUCGUCUUCACGGCUUUCGGAGGAUGAUCCGGAGCAACAGGCACAACGCGUCUGCUAUUCCGAACGGACGUGAUGUCCAGUCACGUGGAUACCCACAUGAUCGGACCCACGGCGCCAACAACCGUUUCUGCUCCCAUUGUCCAACUGAGACAAUGCUUCUAUGCCGUUGACGUCAAACAGCUCGUGCUAGGUACUGAUAAGAUAAGGCACCGCGUGGGAAAAUAAUUGCAGCAGAAGCAGAAGCAUUCCCCCGCGAAUCCCGUGGAGCCCCUCUAAUUUUUUCGGCGUUUGGAUCCGGUCAUUGGCUUAGGUUGGAGAGAGAGAGAGACAUUUGGACCCUGACUCAAUCAAUUCGGUUUCCGUACUGUUUGGCUUUCUGGGCUUUUUGAGUCUUGUCCUCAAUUGUCGUCUGUUUUUUCCUCUCUUGACUCAUAAAGAUACCUAGUACUUAUUUCCCCUCUUUCUCCUCCAUCAUCAUCCUCUCUCUCUCUCUCUCAAUUCCCUCUAACCUUUACUCUUCUGCAAAGCUUAGACAGACAUCGCCACCAUGCCUACCUCCGAAGACGGAAAGAAGAGAUCCCACGACGUCGCAAGCAUCUCGGGCUCAUCGUCCAGCAGCGACGAUUCCCGCAGGCGCCGUCGCGAGCGCAAGGAGAAGAAGAGAAAGAACGGCGAUGCCAUCGCUGUCAAUGGCGCAAAGCCGAGUGCUUUCGCUCAGCGUCGCAAUAGCUUGGCCAAAGCUUCGCGAGAUCCCCGCGAUGAACCCAUCCCCAAGAAGCGUCGCGCUGCACCCCAGGGCGUUCCUGAAGAGGGCGCCGUGGUGAAGACGAGAUCUCCCAGUCCUGUCAUUGACUUUGAUGGGCUCAGUCGACCCAGUCGGGGAACGAGAGAGCGCAGAGAGGAGACGGAGGAGCAGCAGGCUGCGCGAUUGGAACGUAUGAGCGGCGCUGUGCGCACUAUUCUAGAGUGUGUCGGUGAAGAUCCCGAUCGCGAGGGUCUUCUCAAAACUCCAGAGCGCUACGCAAAGGCGCUGCUCUUCUUAACCAAGGGAUACCAGGACAACAUUGAAACCAUGGUCAACGAGGCUCUAUUCAGAGAGGGACACAGUGAAAUGGUCAUUAUCAAGGACAUUGAGAUUUUCUCUCUGUGCGAGCAUCAUCUCGUACCAUUCACCGGCAAGAUGCACAUCGGCUACAUCCCCAACGAGACCGUCAUCGGCCUAUCCAAGCUCCCCCGAAUCGCAGAGAUGUUCGCACGCCGUCUGCAGAUCCAAGAACGCCUCACCAAAGAAGUCGCCCACGCCAUCAUGGAGAUCCUCAAGCCCCAGGGCGUCGCCGUGGUCAUGGAGUCGAGCCACCUGUGCAUGGUGAUGCGCGGUGUCGAGAAGACGACUACCAGCACCAUCACGAGCUGUGUCCUUGGCUGCUUCGAGAAGAAGUCCAAGACGCGCAAUGAGUUUCUCAACCUUAUUGGCAUUAACCGAUAGAGAGUAUACGGUCGCAAAUUAGAGGCCGAAGCAAUCUUCAACAUGCUUAUGAUGGAAACGAUAAGCCUAUGAAGAACAUUCAUCAUGUAUAGGAAGAGUACAUGUCAUGAGACAUGCACCAAGUACCAUCACCAUUGAUUUAUCUGCAUUUUUGGCGUUCAGGAUCAGGAUAGGUUCUCCUUCAAAGGGCGGUUUUGGGACAAAAGAAAGAAAGAGGCCAUGUCUUCAACAAAUUCGGUCGGGUCCAAGUUGUCAUCAAAUUUUCUAGGAAAAAAGGCGGGUAGAGCGUUUAUUAGCCAUUGUCCCAUUAGAUGUCCGGGCUCAACGCCCUGGAGAAAAUCAUAACCAUGUUAGAGUUUGAAUGAAAUCAUCUCAUUAAUAACGUAACGUAGCCGCCUAUUGUAUAUGUAGCAUAGCCUGGUCUGAAAACCAGUACAACGUCUUGUGUGUGGUAUUCUCUGAAUCGCCAUCUCGGACGCCCUUUUAUGGAUCUCGUACAAACAAAAUUGGCUCAAGAACAAACACCAAAUGGCAUAACCGACCUGACUCCUUUUCCUUCUUGGUAUUUUUAAACCGAACGAAAACGCCAUCACCCCUUGUCAUCCACUACAAACUCAUUCCCCGUCUAGAAGAGCGUCCAUCCCAUUUCUCUCCUUUUCCAAGGACGCUGUGGUCAUGGUGACAUCUCCCCCAGCAUCGAUCUUUUUCUCGUCAUCUUCGUCUUGGUUCGUCAUCUCCUUGAACAUUUGAUCCACGUUGCCCUCUUCCUGCUUGAUCAUUUCUUCAUCCAUCGGAUUAGAGACGCGUCUCUCAAUAGACCCACGUCCAGUUCCCCAAACGUUGGGUCCCCACAUGGCCUCGGCUUGUUUUCUACCCAGUUCGGUCCUCGCAAGAAUCUCCAAAGCUUUGCUCUUCUCAGCAUCGGUUUGGAAGUUGAGACCAUCGUCGUGACCUUGAAGAAUUCUGUCCUCCAAAGACAUUGAUGAGUUGUCAACAACCAGCUGCGGACCGCCAGCUCCCAGGGGUCCAGCAUGCAUGCCAUUGCCCAGGCUUACCGAAUUGGUUCUUGAAUGGCCUGAGGACUGCGAUUCGCGACGCUCUCCGUGGCUGUUGGGGCUGCCAGCUUCACCGGAACGUGGGUAAUAUCCCGAUCCUCCAUACCCAGAUCCGAUUCCACCCAUAGAAUGCGACGCCGCCGCUGCUGCGGCUUCAGCGUUGGCUGCCUUCCGGCGCAGACUAUUCGCCUUUCCUCGGGCGUGUUCCGGCAGGUCGUCAGGAUUGUCAACGCCGUACUCAACCAACAUCUUCUGUAGUUUUGUCGGUCGUGGUUUUCGUGUGCUUCUGGACUGCUCCUGGAUCGGCGGAGCCUCGGGGGCCACAGGGCACCAUUUAUGGAGUUCUUGGCGGAAGAAAUUGGUCUCGUACGUGAGUAACACCUCCGCGCCUUCAAUCUUGCGCAGAUAAAAUCGUUGGGUUUCUGCUUCAGCUUCUGUAGACAAUAACGGGUUGCAGUAGUUGGCAAUAUGGUUUCGGAAGUUCUGUGCAUUGUCGAUAAUCUUGUUGAGAACCUCUUCUUCCUCAGGCUGGAAGGGCAAUGUUGCCAUUUCCUCGGCGAGAGCCAGCAGCUCCUCCAGCUUCGGCCGCGACGCAUCUCGGGGAAUCUUCAUCCGCCAGUCGCAGAUCGGACAAGUAUACUUGUCAUCCUCUUUGACCUUGCCGCGGGCAAUCUUGAGGCAUUUGUAGUGAUACCUAGCUUUGUUAGAAGCGUGUGCGACAUUCUCGUGACAACUUACCAUUCGUGGCACAUUUCGCACUCAAUCAUCAUUCCCGCCUCAACCCUUCUGCAGAUACAAAAAACUUGUCGGGAUCGACUGUCGUCCCAUUUGCUGGACCCUUGCUCGGGGCUGACCUCUCUUGAAACCGGCUCCCCGGGCAUUCGAGGCGUGUCGUUUUCGACAUCGAAGCAAUCCAUGUUGCGUUCUAGUACGUACUCAAGAUGACUCUUGAGGAUAUGCAAUGGGGCGUUGGAUUUACCGAAGAGUUUCUUCCCUUUUCGCAUCCAAUCCUCAUGACGCUUGCGUUCGUUUUCAAGUUCGAGAGUUCCAUCUGGUUUCGAAUUGAGGUCUUCCAAUCUCUUCUGAAUCUCUACGACCUCCGAAUACUUGGGUCGAUCAUGCAGAUCGGGGAGCCGACACCGCUCCAACAAUGAAACUAUCUGACGUUGGGCUUCGCGUUGUUUGUGAAGGAUUUGAUCAACUGCGCUCAGAGUCUCCUGCGAAACGGGAAGCACGUUGAUCUGCACUUGACGCGAUAGUGCUUCGAGCUGUGGGUAGUGAACAAACUCAGCAACAAUGAGUUCCUUAGCCUUCUUCUCCCACUGCUGUCCGGCGUGCAUCUGGUCGCGAUAGUAGGUCAAAUGGUCGUUGUAGGUUGGGAUCCCAAGCUUGCAUCCUUCUUCGAUAAGAUCCUGAACUUCUUGAAGAGUCAUGUACACUCCUCGGUUGGUGAAGGCUUUCUCAUUCCAUUCUGACUGCUCCAGCACCUUCAUCAAUUGGUCAACCUCAGGGAUGUCCACAUUAAAGCCGCGCCCUUCUUCGAGAAGUUCCUUGACCGUCUUCUGUGACAAGGUGGAGGUGUUCCUCAAAGCCUGCGCUGCAGUGGUCUGGAAUUGUUUGACAGCCUCGGCGCGCUCUUGAAGCUGGUAAAUCUCUGGGCAGUCAAAACCGAUGUGUUCAGCUUCAUCGAGAAGUCGAUAGAUGUUUGAGACAUUCCGAGAUUCUCUCUCUUUUUGGUCCUGCUCAGAGUUACCGAUGGACUUUCGCAUGCUUGAUUGCCAGGCUUUGUCAUUCUUGUGUCGGUUUUGCUGCUUCCUCACAAUGAAGUUUGUUGCCUCUCCCACCCAAUCAUUGCAUCGAUUGACGAAAUCCUGAAGCACGGGAAAUGAAGGGAGAGGGUAAGGAAUGCGCUCGCCUUCGUGAAGGAGGGCACGUAGUGAUUUGAGCGACGGCCUUGCCUCUUCUUCAAGUAGUUUGUCAUACUUUUCCUCCCAUAGCUCGGGAGUUUGUGCUUUCUCCAUCACCUUGCGGUAGAUCGCAUCCAUAUCGUCGUCCGCUUUUCUGAAGAAAAGGAUGUGUCCUUCGCCUUGGAAUCGAGCUUGCUCGGGCAGAUCACAACAAGCGUGGUAGCCUGCGUGAAGCAAGCAAAGAACCUUGCCCGACUGGAGGCACUUGAAGCGCGAGAGAUACGAGAAAGCCUUACAAUAACUGCAACACUGCUCGUCUUCGUCUUGGACAUCUUCGUCUUCUAUCUUAAGUGUCAAAGAACAUGUAUCUUCGUUACCUCCUCCAAUUUUACAGUGAUGAGGUGCUGUUUCAAGAUGUCUUGCGACAAAUUGUUCCCUUUGAUGUAACUCUCGCUUGUGUAUGCGAUCGAGGGCGGGUGCUAGCCAUUUCGCGGUCUGGAUGGUUAGGCCUGUCGCAGCACUUUCCGCAGCGGUCCAGAGAAGCUCGUCGUGAGAGAAGCACGGUUGCCUUCGGAAUAGUUGCAAUCGCUCGACGCCAGCAAGUCCAAAAGGUUCCCAGUCAUGUGGCGCAAAGUUGACAGCCUCGUUGAAGUUGAAUCCAUGGUUAAAUCCAGCAUGGUAAGCCUGCGGGAAUGUAAUGACGAGUUGGCCAGCUCUCUGGUCUAGAGCGUAUACACGAACUCCGGCCUUCUUCAAUUGUUCGGGGGUCAAGAGCGUGACCAGCUGGAAGAGUAGAUCUGGUUGUGUUUCGAACAACUCUGGGACGGCUUCCUUCAUGGCGUUCUCGAACUUUUCAGCGUCCUCCCCUGGGAUACCGUACCAAGUCUUAGUUGCGCCAAGGUGCUGGUAGUUGGCAGAGUAGGCAUAGUGAUCCUCGUUGUGCCAGCAGAAUGUCGAAAAGAUCAUACCGACAUAAACCCAGGGAACUGUCAUGCCAGAGAUAUCGGAUUUGAUAUGCCUGAAUAGACUCUCGGGAUGGAACGGAAGAACAUUAAGGUUCCACGGAUCAGUCGCAUAUGGGUUUUGAGGAUGUCGCUCUGCCGUCGGAAAUCCUGAACCAUGAGUCGUGCAAUGGAUAUCGGCUCCGUACUCGACCUCAACCGUCUCUUCCAGGUCGGCAACCAAUCUCCAAAACUCAGUCUCAACAUCCUCCUCGGUGACAGGUCGAUGGCAUUUGAGCUCGUGGUCGAAUGGCAUCUUCUUCUCAAAGUAACCCUGCUUGAAGUCGUUUGCCUUUUGCUGGAACUGCUUUAGUGAGUAAAGACCUCCCUCCUCGAAUCCGAAUUGGCCAUCUCCAACCAGGCAUCGUGCGCAGUUCCAUUCGUUAUCCGGCUUUCGUUUUAAAGGUGGGUCGAGGCAUGCUGGGUGGUAGGAAUGGUCGCAAGACUCGCAAAUCAGUAGAGAACCAGCAUCUUCACCACUGCCACAAGUUUCGCAUUUCUACAAAGUCAGCUAAUCCCCUUUUGAGGUUUACUUGACUUACCUCGCCUGGUGGUGGUGGCUCUUCUCGCGGAAUCCUGGGCACUGAAGGACGGAAUGGCGUCAUGUGCGAUCCAGCCACAGUGGGGACAGCAUCUACGACAGAAAUGUUAGUCCAUGAUCAUGGAGCCAAUGAAAAGCGGGAUCGGUCAUCGCAGCUAAAAUCCCUGCGUAUGGUCCUCAAGUCGGAAACGGAAAUGCUCUGCGUUGCGAC